AUGACGCGCAUUCAACCACAUGAAUACAGCCGCUCUUCAUAUCACCCUCCUGCACAAAAUUCCUUCGGAACAGUACCAUCGGGCCUGCGCGCAGGGUUCAGCCCAGCUUCCCAGUCCGUGUCCGUGGUAGUGAGGAAUCCACCUACAACCGAUAACGCAUCAGAGAGCAGCGAAGAGACACCUGGAGGGGCAAAUAUAACUGGAAGUGAUUCACGCGAAGGAGACAUCCUCGAAAGCGAUCUAUACUAUGCGCCGAUGCCGGUGGGCGUAGCUCAAACCAGCGAAGGAGAUGGGUCAAGGCUGAUGUCGGGAUCAACCACUAACAGAGGCACGAAGCGCAAUCACAACGGUGACGAUGAGCUCGAUGGCGACACUUCACGGCAGCAUAGACGUCUUACGACCAAAGAAGAGGUAGCGCUCUUCGAGAUCUGCAACCAAAACGCAGACACCUUCGGCAGCCGCAGUAAUCUGUGCAAGUGGUGGAUAUCCAUCGCCGCCGAGUUCAAGCGCACACAUGAGGGCCGCUCAUACUCGUGGCACUCGGUGCGGCGCAAAGUAGAAAUGGUCACAAGACAGCGCAUCAAGUACCUUGAGGACCAGCGACAGCGGGGCUCAAACGCACCCGGCUCAACGGCCGAGGAAUUGAUGAACCCGCAAUGGCUCGCUGCCGUCGAUGCCUGGCUUCCGACCUGGCAGCGGUGGGAAGAAGCCGAGAACCGGCGCAUUGCAAAGCGGGAUGAGCUUAAGAAGCGUAGACAGCCGCAGCCCUGGCGCCAGAAUUCCAAAAACGGAGACCAGGAUUCAUGGCGGAGCCUGCCUGGGUCAUCUGCCACUAGCCCGACUGAUGUCAACGCCGCAAUGAUGGGUAUGCUGCACCAGCCUGUCGCGAAUACCAUUGGUGAUGCUACCCUCCCGGCUACCAGCCCUACGCCCUCUCCCUCAAUUGCUGGUCCUGCACCACCCGCCCAUUUCCUCGAAUCACCUUCCACCCCCGUCUCUGCGGCCACCUCACUGAAACUACCACCAGGGUUUGAGAAUAUGUUCUCAACCCCACAACUCACAUCACAAGUCGCACCUCUGCCCUCCAUGUCCACACCACCAGUCCCACAAUCCGAUGGCCAUAUGGUCUCAGCCGUCCUCGAAACCCUGGGGAAACUCAACAAACACCUAGACGCCGCAUCGGGUGGUGGUAUAGACCCGAGUGCCGCCUCACCCGUGAUCUCGGCUUUGGUGCAGGCUGCCUCGGAACCAUCGGUUCUGGCUUCUCCCCGGCAAUCACAGCACUCGCAAGUACAGCCCGCGUUACAGCAACAGCCUGCGCAAGGUCUCACUCACAUUCAAAUCGAGCAAAUGAAGGAAGAGCUCCGGCAGGAGAUGCAGGCCCAGUUUCGAGGUGAGCUGGAGCGCGAGCGUGUUGCCAUGGAAGAAAAGCUGGACUCUGUGCAGCGGACCCAGGACUUGAUUCUUGAGAUGUUGAGACAGGAGCCUGCUUGA